UUUAUCACUUAAACACUGGCUGGGGUUUCUUGUAGUUCUUUUAGUGUUUCAGUAACAGACUUUGAUAGUUUUGUUGCAUGUAUUUUCAGUGGUUUAUCUGAGUGUGAUUGUGUGGGUGUUUCUGUGAAGUUUUCCAUGUCUUAUCUCUCGGACCGUUACUCCAGGAGUGGAUUCCAGGAGCUCGGCCUUUUAUGGAGCGGUCAGAGAGGCCAGAUAUCCCACAAUGCAGUGCAGCAGCUCUCUAUAUGUCAGCAGAGAGCGACAGUGCUCCUGUCCUGCAUCAUGGCGUGUCGUUACAGCACGAGCUCCGUCCGCUCCUCCAGCGCCGCUCGACUGCACAGCUGCUUCAGAGAGGAGUCCUCCAUCAGCUCCGUCACCGACGAGUCCUGCUGCUGCCACGGUUACCAAGGUGAUGAAGAGUCCUUUGGAGGUUACCAUGGAAACCAUCAGUACACCCGAGCAGGACAGCAGGUCGACAGGAGCCUCGGUGAUAACAUACAGGGUCGUGGUGGUUCCGGUUCCGGUGUGGGCGUGGUCAGGGCGAUGGGUGACAGCUACUUCCUGUCUGCAGACUUGAGUGGAUUCGAGCCUCAUGAAGUGGUGCUGCUGGCCUAUAAUCAGUGUGUGGUUAUUCACGCUGAGAAGACGGCCGCUGAUGGGACUGUUGCGGGCCGGUUUACCCAUAAGUCUGUGCUGCCUGCAGACAUGGACCCGUUAUCUGUGAGCAGCUCGCUGAGCGCAGAGCGGAUGUUGACCAUCAGCGUCAGACGCAGAAAAUCCUCGUCUUCCACUCUCAAACUCACCUCUGACCUCUGACCUUCCGGGAUCUCAACACACCAGUCGUUACGGAUUGAGUUUUUUUUACCGUGUCCCU